CCGGUGGGAACAUCAGACCGCGGUCCAUGUCCGGGAUGACCAUGGACAUCUUCGAGACGCACCAAGGCACUCACAUCCUACAGUCCCUAGACGGGUUCGCCUUCACCCUCGCCGCGGACGGCAGGUUCCUCUACAUCUCCGAGACUGUCUCUAUAUACCUCGGCCUGUCUCAGGUGGAAAUGACCGGAAGCAGUGUCUUCGACUACAUCCACCAACAAGACCAUCAGGAACUAGCAGACCAGUUAGGUCUGACCCUCGCCACAGGUCAGCCCUUGCCCUCCCCUUCUUCCCUAGGGUCAGAGGAAGGGGCGACAGGGUCACAGGGCACUAUGAACCCUGACGGUAAGCUCCCAUUGGCGACCUGUAUGGCCCUCAACAAUAAUUCACCGUUCAAGGGCUAUGACCGUGCCUUUUGCAUUCGCAUGAAGUCCACACUUACUAAGAGAGGAUGCCACUUUAAGUCUUCAGGUUACAGGGUUGUGUUGAUCUUGGGACACAUACGCCCCCAGUACGUUUUCAGUCACUCGCGCAAGAACCCUCCACAACUGAUGGGUCUGGUAGCCCUGGCCAUUGCUCUCCCCCCACCUUCAGUUCACGAAGUGCGGCUCGAGUCUGAUAUGUUUGUUACCCGGAUAACUUUUGACUUCAGAAUAGCACACUGUGAACCAAAAGUUGCAGACUUGUUAGACUACACAGCAGAUGAGCUCCAAGGUCGAUCAUUGUAUUCCCUAUGUCACGGUCAAGAUGUUGAAAAGCUACGCAAGACUCAUGUUGACUUGAUCCAGAAAGGCCAAGUUAUGAGUCCGUACUUCAGAUUGUUAAAUAAGACCGGGGGAUACACCUGGAUGCAAACGUGUGCGACUGUGGUCAUAAACAACAAAAAUGGCGACGAACAAAAUAUCAUCUGUGUUAAUUACGUCAUAAGCAGGGCAGAAUAUGAGAGCCUAGUCCUCGAUCAAACCCAGCUAGACCCAGCCUUGGCCAACAUGAAGUCAGAUGAUUUGGACUACCCAAAUUCAACCACACCCGAGCAAACAGGCAGUUCGAGGGUGGUGGGUGAGGAAACGGGCGGAUCCCCAAGGUCCUCCAUCAACACUACGGGAGGGGGCUCGGGGGGCACACGCUCCCCCACUGGCCAGUCAGAGCCUAUCUCCACGCCACUCCGAGGUACACCCAGUGUUCCCUUAGAUGGGGCUCAGAUUAAAACGGAGGCCCCUGGCGGCCUAUUGACUCCGAUGGGGAAUGCUGACGUUACAGAGGACUCAGGAGGUGGUUGUGAAGGAGCAUCAUCCCCUGGUUGUGUUUCUGAGCCGCCAGUUUCAACUCCGGGCACCCCUCAUGCUAGAGCCACACCAAUGAUGACCACCACACCUUUGGAAUCAUCUCCUGGUGCCACAGUUGUACCACCAACUCGUAGUGACGAAGGUGCGGUGAGGGAUUUGGAAGCAGCCAUGACACGACACUUGCCAGAUGAUACUACGGAUUUCUCAACAGAUGCUCUUUUAAAGAGUGGAUGCACCUCCACUGGCAUUAGUAGUACAGGGCAGCGCUCCACUAUUCAGUGGGUAGGGGGUACAAGUGGACAGCAGAGUUCUUCCUUACCAGCUUCUACUCUUUUAAGACAACUCUAUGCCAGUCGUGAGAGUGUUAUACGGUCAUCUGUUCAACGGUCAUAUUAUUCAGAAAUGGGUUCAGCCCUCCCAACUCCACCAGGAUCAGAGAGUUAUCAAGAUGCAAUGUUCAGUAAGGGACAUGAUUUCCCUUAUCCUGGAGGUAGCCUUACAGGUUCUGGCUAUCCUGAUUAUCAUUCUGCAAUGACGCCGCCAUCUAGUGUCUCACCUCGUGAAAAAAUGGCUGGAGACUGUGGAGACUUGCGAGGAGCAUCAGGAACUUACCUAGGUGAUGGUGGUGGUAUGCCUGCCCAGCCUGUGCCUCUCAAACCACAAGUAUACUCCUAUGGGUCUUCAGGAGUGCCCUUAGACUCUUCAGCAUAUUCUGCACCUCUUUCUGACCAAGCUGGACUGUAUACUCCUUCCAGUUUUCACCUGUAUCAUGCAAAUGCAGCAAAAUCCACAUCAUCGUAUGAUAGUCUACGUGCCGGUGGCUCUUGGUAUGCACCUUCAUCAUAGCAAUAAUAGUUUUCAUACUUCUGAAUAAAUCCCAGGCUUUCCUUGCACAACAGCCUGAUGUGUGUAUGAACAUCUGAAGCAAGGUCUAAUCAAAUUUAAAAGUUUUGAACUGUACUCUGAUUAAAAAAAAAAGUUUUUGGCCUGUGUAUGUAGUGAAAAUAUUUUUUACCGCACAUGCAGUCUCCAGUGAUUAUGUAGUGAUCAGUGACACUUACUCCGAACAGUAUUUAAUAAGCGGUAUGCAUGUAGGCUACUAGUGCGUCAACAAUACAGUACCUAACAUUUAAAUAACCUAUUCAGUAUCAGAUCACAUUUUUACAGUGUGGUCCAAAGGAGUGUGUUUUUUACUGCUCUGUUUGUCUGUCUUCCAUGGGCUCCCCUGGAUACAUAUCGCUGUUUUUUCUUGUCUAGCCAGGCUGUAAGAAUAAACUGAUACCAGUGAUUCAUUUGGAGGUGAAACAAGCUCAUGGGAAUGAGUUUAAACAUAUCCAUAUGUCUGAAUCAGUCUAAAGUAGGUAGGGCCUAAGGAAUUUUUCAGUCAUUCCUCUUAGAGUAAUAUAUUGUACUAUUUUAAGGAUAAUUAUAACAUUUUAUCAUAUUCGUCACAUUAUCUGACCCACAAAAUUUGUUUGACUCUGAAUAUUAAGAGUAAAUUUUCAGACAUAAAUAAAUUAAGUAAAAUUUAAAUUUUCUUACUGAAUUGUAUAAAUUACGAGUGAUAGAAAAUUAACCUACACAGGCAUUUCCUAUGGUAUGUUCAAUUAUAUAUAUAUAUAUAUAUAUAUAUAUAUAUAUAUAAAAGAGACCAAGUGGUUAAUUACAGUUUCUGUUGAUGCUAUUGUAAUAUAAACGUAUUCAAUGUUCUGUAAAUUUUGUCUUGCAGAUAUUGGAGACACGACAGGCUGAUAAGUGCAAUGUAAAUUACUAAAUGUUCACAUGCGCUGUAACUUACUAGUGUUAAUAAGUUACUGUGUCAGUCCGUGAACAGCAAUCUAAGUGACUGUUGAGGUGCAAUAUUGAGGUUGUCAAGUGAAUAGAACAUGUGAAUAUCAUUAUCAUAUCGCAAAAGUAAUUUAAGCUUUUAUGUUCUCGUGUAUCCAAGGAAAACUUAACACAAUUAAAGAAUAAUGUAAGAUAUUGUAAAUAAUUUACUGGUAAAGACAUUCCUUUUUUUUUGUUUUUAAUUUAUGGUGCUUUGAAAACUUUAUUGUGAAUUUGCUGCUUCAAACAGCAGACGUUCCACCUUUGAACCUGUAUAUACCCAUUUUUGAUCAGUAUUUAACUACUUAAUGUUUAGUGACUAAGUCCUACAUUGCAGACUGUGGUGAAGCAAUGACAAAUUAUGCAUCUGAAUUUUCUGUGUUAUCUCAAGAAUGUGUGCUAUGAGACAUAAUUUAUCAGAACCUUUAAAUAAUUUGCAUUGUUCCCUUUAUUUGGAAGUACCUUACUCACAUCUUAUUUGAGGUGACAGAUGUCUGAGAGUUAAGGGAAACAUUAACCCAAUUUGACAAAAUUUGAAAAAUUGCAUUAUGAGUGUAUUAGUACCUUCGUAUUUUUUGCUAUACAUUUUAGUUUAAUAUAAACAUUUUGGUAAGGAAAGUGUGAAAAUAUGUUAUUUGCGAGAGGUCAGGUCAAACAAACUGAUGUGUGGUUAAAUUUACAUUAAUGCUGUACAUUCCAAAAAAAUUAGUGUUAGCUGGUUGGCAUGCAAAUUUUGAUAUGGUUUAUGCAUUUAAAGGCAUGAUAAAGUUAGUACUGUACAGAACAUACUAAAAUAAUACUCGUAUGGCUAAUACAUGAACAUGCAAUGUUUUUUACUAUAAACAUUUUUAUGGUCAGUGGAAAAUGUGUUUGGCCUCAUAGUGUUUAUAAGAGAAGUCAUGAGGAAUGUUUCAUCUAGAUGGGUGGCCACCUAAGGUCUUGAACAUGCAAUUUUAUUAGUUAAGAAUUUGUUGGGGGGGAUAACUUAUUCAUGAUGUAAAAUUUUUUUUUGAAGAUUAUCCUCCAUUGUUAUGUCUGGUGCAAGGUAAAAUGGAUUACUCUUGUAAAACUUACAUCACCAAACUACAUUGAAGAAGAAGAUUGCUGCAAGGUGGUGCAGUUUUUUAAACUUGAUGGCCAAGCACAAUUGAAAAAAAUAAAGCAAUAACGUUCUAGAAAAUGAAGACUGGUUUGUCUCAUCACAGAUGUCUCUCCUUUUCCUCACUAACGUCCUAACCUGUUUAUUGUCUUUAGUGGUAGUUUUCAUAUAAAGAAAACCCCUUUUUCUGCUCAUUAUUUUUUAGAUUAGGGCAAAUAGUUUUUAUUUAUCUGCAGUGUGUUGGUAAGAAUGAAUGAACGUUUUAGAUAAAGUUUAAUUUUAAAUGAAUCAUUGAUGGUUUUAUAGGUUAUUAGUUUGAUCAUCCCCCAUUGCUAAACCCUUUAAUAACUGUAUUUUGUUACCAGAUUUUAGAAAUGUUAAAAGAAAUACUGUAUACUUGACUAUAAGAGACAAGGAGAAAACUAGUAUGUGGCAGGAAGAGAUGUGAGGGUUUCAUCAGACUAUAUAAUAGUGGCAAUAUUUUAUUAAUAUGAUGUAUUUUAUUGUUUUAGACGACUUGCUAGAAUGAACAUAUGACUAUGAAAAAUAUUUGUUUUGUAAGCAAAAUUUCAUAUCUAAAUAUUACUCAUUUAUUGCUGCUUAAAUUGUGCAAGGUAAUUAUAAGUUUUGGAAAGUAAUUUUUUUUUCUUUCCAUGAGCAUUCUUAGUACUUCUUCAUGGGAUUUGAUGUACAUUCCAUAAUGCACACUACACAUAAAUUGAUACAUACGUUGCAUUUAUAUUUCAUUCCGAGUACCCAUUCCAAGAAUGAGCUUAUGGUAAUUUUAUCACUCUGUAAGUUAGUAAUAUUGUCAGAGACUAAUUGUGCACAUGAUUUACAUGGCUGCUAGUAAGACAGCCACGGCAUGUGCGCAUGCCGUUUGGAACUACGUGUGGUCGUUAGUACAAAAUGAUGUUGAAAUCUUUUUAUAUGUUGUCAGAUAUGUGCAGCAAUUUAAAUUUAAAAUGUAUCAGUCUGUGCAUUUAUUUAUUUUAAAAUUUCCGUCCUUAAAUUCAGUAGGCGAUAUGUGGAUAUCUCAAGAUGCAUAAAUUUUAACUUUGACUAUCCUUAAAGAAUUAUUAUUAUUUACAGUCCUUAUUUGUUAAAAAACAAUCAUUGUGUGCUUGCAUUAUAAGAAAAAACUUUGAAAUGCAGAUACAUUGAAGCUAAAUAUUAAUGUGUUCUGCUCAGGAAAUUGUAUUAUUUCUUAUCUCUUUUUUUUUUCCCUAUUGAUUAUUACUGCAGGUAUUUCACAACUAUAAACAUAUGAACUAGUUAUUGUUGCUAUUUAAGUUUGUUUCAAAUAUACUAGCUAUGGAAUGUAUACGUUUUUUGUUUUAAGAGCAUUUCAGUGUAACUUUGUACAGUACUGUAUUCUGAAUACAGCCAAAGUUCAGAAUAGAUCAAAUCGUUUAAUUGUACUUGUCGGCAUAUGUCAUCUUAUUGUUAAUUGGUGCCUGUCAAACACUAGGAACAUAGUGGAACCAAUUUAUUAUUUAUAUUAUUACUAAAUUAUAUAAUAAACAAUUGUAUAAUUGCUUCUUGAAAUAUUUUUACUUCAAAUUGUGACAGAUGCAGCUAGGAUAUACUUGUUCAGAUUGAGAAUAGAAAUAUCUUAUUAUAUCUAAUAAUGGUUACUUUCUAUUUUGAGCAAGAUUUUUAAAUACAGUACAGUAUAUGUAAUGCAGAUAUAUUGAUCUGCAUUUCUGCUAAUGAGGUUGUGAAAAUGUUUGAAAGAAAAAAUCUGAGAGACCCAUUGAGAGUUGUUGUUGGUAUAAUGCUGAUACUGCACACACAAAUAACUAAUAUAUUUCCUGAAAUGUUAACUGAUAUAAUGAGGUGAUUGGUAAUGUAUUGUUUUCAGUCUACAGUAGAUGCUUGAGGAAGAAUGAGUUAAAAAGUAUACCUUACAGCACAAUUAAAAACACACAAAUUACAUACACGCACACACUCACUCCAAAACAUAGAAUUGUGAGAAAGUACUACAAUUUUUUUUAGGACUAGUAGAUAAAUGGGAAGAACUAGAUGAACGGGUAGUAGAUGCCAGCUCCAUCAUCUUCAGUUUCAGAAGUAGAUAUGAUAGCAGAAAUUUAGGUCAGGAGUCUUUGCAUUCAAUGACCAGAGGCUGUAAAUUUGGUACCAAAAAUUUAGGUCAGGAGUCUUUGCAUUCAAUGACCGGAGGCUGUAAAUUUGGUACCAAAUAGCUGAAGCUCGAUCCUGCAGGCAUGGAUAAGUACUGUACACACAAUUUUAAAAAUAUAACCCAUAAACAUGCAUGCAAAAACCACAUACACACACUGCUGUAUCAAUGACACUUUCUUCAUUCGUAAUAACAUUAUAAUUGAGCAUUAUAUAUAUAUAUAUAUAUAUAUAUAUAUAUAUAUAUGGACCUACAUGAGAUAUCUCUCCAGUUAAUUGAUAAGUGAUCAUAUGUUAAGUAGUAUCCUGACUUAUAAUAUAGCUCAAGUGAUAGGCACAAAAUAUUUACUUUUUGUGCCUUGGAAAGAUCAGAUAAAAGACCUGUAGCAUUUUACUCCUUGGGAAGAUCAGACAAGAUACCUUUAUAUUUUUUAUUAACACUUAGCUCAAGUGUCAAGAACCUUUAUUGUAAAUGGUGUACAUAUAAAUGUUGCUGCUUUAAUAUAUAAAGUUCAACAGCAUUCUUGAUAACUUGAGUAUUUUGGGCUUACAGAAGUUGUUUCAUAGCACUGCAGAGUUAACUGAACCCAAUAUUAUUCAUGUUGAGUAAAAAGGAACAAAGUCUCAAUUGUUAAUUUCUUAUAACUUAUGUUAGUGUAUCAACAAGAAGUUUCCAAAAGCCCCUGGUAGUUUUUCUACUUCAUUAGUUCUUGCUUUUCCCCACUGAGGAUAUAAUUUUUUGCAAUUUCUAUUGGUGCUGAAUAUUGCUGUAAAAGUGAAUACAUUCCAUUACAUCUAUGAAUCCAGUAAUAAGUGCUAAAAGAACGUGUGUAGAUAAAAUUAGGCAACCUUUUUACAACAGAACACAAAUGGAUGCUUGAGAAUAUCACUUGGAAUGUAUUUAAGUGAGUGAUAUCGAGGACUUGCUAAGGUUACCAAAUAUAUCGGGUAGUUUUAAUCACUCCUGUGUUUAUUAGCUUGAGGUGAAGAAAACAUCACUAUCCUUUUGUAUAGUUGUUGUAAUUAGGAUAACUCUAAACAUAUACAUAGUAGUGCAGUGAUUAAAAGAAAAAAUGGGCAUAUUAUAUACAGUAGCAAGUCCACGGUAUUUGAGAAUGGAGUGAAUGAUGGCAUGUAAAUCUAACUUGUGUUAUGUUUUGUAUAGUUAUAUAUUUCAUUCUUUUCUGUUGAUCCCAUCAUGUUUUGUAAAGUAUUCCUAGUUCUGCCUCUGGGAAGAUGUAAAGAACUGGCAUUGCAAAGCUUCGGUAUGCAAUCAAUGUACACAUCUUAUCACAUCCUAGGUGUAAGAUCUCUGCACUUGGAAGAAAUAAAUAUGUUGUUACUGUA